AGAUGUCAAACAAUUAUGAGGGUAAACAAUUAUAGUCAAACGAACUCGAAAAAACGCGACAAAACAAUCCAGAAAAAAAAACGAAGAGAAAACAGUCGCGAAGACAAAGGCAGACGGAGAAAAGCAUCGCCCACGACGGCGUUGUCUUCCUCUUCUCCUGUUGACUUCCUACCCGCCGACAAUUUCAUCGGCACGCUCGAGUUGCCCAGCGGGCAGAGCGUUGCGUCCCCUAUAAAAGCGAGGGUAGACGAUAGCGGUACCAGUGUGUGCUCACUACCGACCAACAUGAACAGCACCGACAAGCUGAAAAUAAUACUCUUAUGCGGCCUAGUAUUAUCGGUCGUAGCUGAGAAGAUCGAGGAGGCGAAGAAAACUGAAUCCAGCGCUCAGCCAAAGGAUGAAAAGUCAAAACGCGGAUUGGAACUGAGCCUGGGCGAUCACGGUGGUUUCGGGGGCGGUUUCGGAGGCGGUUUCGGCGAUGGCGGAUUCGGCGGUCACGGUGGUGGCGAGAUAAUUUCUACCGAUCACAUCAAAGCGGUGACAGUCACGAAGCAUGUACCAGUACCGCAUCCGUACCCCGUAGAGGUCACGAAGCAUGUGCCCUAUCCGGUAAAGGUGCCGGUCAAAGUACCCGUCGAUCGCCCGUAUCCGGUCCACGUACCGCAACCAUACCCGGUAGAGGUCACGAAGCACGUGCCCUAUCCGGUAGAGAAACCGGUGCCCUACCCAGUCAAGGUGCCCAUAAAGGUACCCAUCAAGGUGCCCUAUCCAGUCAAGGUGCCAGUCAAGGUUCCGGUCGAAAUAGCGAAACCAGUUCCCUAUCCCGUCAAAGUACCUGUGGUCGUCAAAGAACCCUAUCCCGUGGUCGUUAAAGGUCACGACGAAGGCGGCUUCGGCGGCGGAUUCGGUGGUGGACAUGACUUCGGCGGCAGUUUCGAGCUCGGCGGUGGUGGACACGAUUUCGGCGGAUAUCAUUGAGACAAAAUUGUAGGAAGGAAGCAAGGACUUGCGUCGUCCUCUUUUGUCUCACGCUAUGCGAGACGAGGAAGCUUUCGAUCAUCGAGAGAUCGAGGAGCGACCGACAGAGCGAUUACAUCGUUCUAAUAAAAAAAAAAUAAUAAUAAUGCGACGUAUCAAUAUUCUAUUUUAUUGUGAUCCCAUCCUCGGAUUGUACUAUACACGCUGUAAAUGUAAACACGAAUAAAGUAUUCUUUUGUACGUAA